CUGGGAAGGACACGAUGUAGGACAUGAUACUCGAUUCUCAAAGUUAAAAUGAUUUCGUGUUGACAGAAUGAGAAUGGUGGUGGUGUGAUGCCAGUUGGAGAUCGCAUGUUGGGGUGUUGUGGCUGAAGGUGACAGUGUGGAUGUUCUUGAUGUUGAUCAACAGCUGCUCUGCCUGACGAACAACGGCGCAAGGAUUGCACAUGGCACAGAUUGUUUGGCUUGCGGUUGUUUGGGUCCUGGUACGCUGUACUGAUGGAACUUCCACACAAGCAUCUUCUUCCAUGCAAGCCCCUGGUCGCGCACCGCGGAUCACGGAGCAGCCGGCAGACGUGGUGGUACGCAAGCACGAGCCGGUGACGUUGAGUUGCGGAGCGGACGGUGAUCCUCCGCCCCGCAUCACUUGGUUCCACGAGGGACGCCCCGUGAAGAACAGCGCCACGCGUAUGCCUCUCCCCGAUGGACAGCUCUUUUUCUUGCACGUCUUGCACGGUCGGAGGGACCAGGACACCGGCAUUUACUGGUGCGUCGCAUCCAACGGCCACGGGGAGGCGCGGUCGCGAAACGCCAGUCUUGAAGUCGCAGUGCUUCGCGAGGAGUUCCGGUCGGUUCCCAAGUCGGUGCGAGUAGCCGCAGGUGAAACUGCGACAUUGGAGUGUGUGCCUCCGAAGGGAUACCCUGAGCCACAGGUGCGCUGGAUCAAAGAUGGACAGCCCCUGGCCACCACGACAGUGAACAGCGGUGGCGGAGGAGGAGGACGGCUCCGUGUCGUGGGACAUGGCGCUCUGGUCAUCGCAGACGUCCGGCGGUCAGACCAGGGACGCUACGUCUGCGCGGCUAGCAACCUCGUGGGCAAUCGCGAGUCACCACCAGCCACGCUUUCCGUACAUGUGAAGCCAUACUUCGUUCGAGUUCCUGAGGAUGUGACUUCUCUGGCGGAAGAAGAUAUUGAGUUUCAAUGUAAAGUGAGCGGCGAUCCUCAACCAUCUGUGACAUGGAGGCGACAAGAUGGGAAGAUGCCAGUUGGGAGAGCUUACGUGAUGGAGGACAAGAGCUUGCAUAUAAAGAAGGUCGUGCCAUCCGACGAAGGAACAUACAUUUGCGAAUCCGAAAAUCCUGUUGGUUCAAUUUCUUCAUCAGCAACGCUAACAGUUCACUCUCGUCCCACCUUCCAAUUCACACCCCAGGACCAGAAAGUGGGGUUAAAUGGUGUCGCCAAGUUCGAGUGUGUUGCAACAGGCAAUCCCCCACCCUCCGUGUUCUGGACGAGAGAAGGAAACCAGGUGCUGAUGUUUCCGGGCAAAUCUCAUGGCAGAUUUUCCGUUAGCAGCACUGGCACUUUAACCAUCUCUGGUGUGCGCAAAGAAGACAGGGGCUAUUAUAUCUGCUCAGCAUUGUCUGUCGUGGGAUCUACCAUGGCAAAGGGGCACCUCGAAGUCACAGCAGUGGCCGAUCUUCCGCCGCCUAUUAUCCGUCUGGGUCCAGCUAACCAGACACUCCCGGUUAGCACAGGCGCUGUGUUACCGUGUGAGGUCACUGGGACUCCGCCGCCAACGGUCCAGUGGAUGUUUAAUUCCGCUCCUCUGCAUACAUCAAACCCAAGGUUCACUGUGCUUCCGUCGGGAACUCUUCAGAUUAAUGACCUCCAAAUACUGGAUUCUGGCAUGUAUACCUGUACGGCAUCCAGUGAAAGUGGCGAAACUUCGUGGACAGCAUCUCUUACUGUGGAGUCACUUCAUAACCCAAAUGUUAACUUUCAUCGUUCUCCCGAUGUUACCACAUUUCCUGGACCUCCAUCGAAGCCAGUAGCCAUCAAUAUAACCGAGACAUCCAUAACCUUAUCCUGGAGAAGGAAUGAAAAAGUUGGGGCAUCUUCACUGAAAGGGUACACCAUCGAAUACUAUAGCAGUGACUUGCAAAGUGGAUGGGUCAUCGGAGCUCAUCGUGUGCAGUCAGAAAUGUACACUGUACAUGCACUGAGGCCCGACUGUCGUUACAUCUUCCUGGUCAGAGCGGAGAACUCCCAUGGAUUAGGACCACCAAGUGCCGUCUCUGACGUAUUUCGAACUCUAGGAUUGUCCCCUCAUGCACUGCCUGAGUAUAACUUGGAUGAAGCACGUGCCAAACUGAGCACAGCUGUAGUGAUCCUGCAAGAUAUGCGAGCCGUGAGCUCCACUGCAGUGAAACUAACAUGGAAGAUUCAAGGCAACAAGGACUACAUAGAAGGCUUCUACAUUCGAUUUCGUGACAUGAGUGGAGGGUCGCAGAAGUACAACAUGGUAACGGUGCUGAACGGUGGAGCGUCCUCCUACGUGCUGACAGAUCUAAAGAGGUUCACCGAAUAUGAGUUUUUCCUGGUGCCAUUCUACAAGAGCGUGGAGGGCCCUCCCAGCAACUCCAGGAGCGUGCAGACACUGGAAGAUGUGCCAACGGCUCCGCCAGAUAGAGUACGGGUUCAAGUGGUUAACAUCACCAGUGCAAGAAUUUCCUGGUCUCCUCCCCCUCCACAGCAUCAGAAUGGGAAGCUGAAAGGAUACAAGUUGUAUGUAUCAGGAAACACAUCAGAGUUUCACUCCAACAUGAGCACCAACUCAACUGUUACUUCUCUGACCCUCACCAACCUUACUGUGGGUGGUUCCUACCAAGUCAGCGUCGUAGCUAUGACUUCUGUUGGUGGGGGACCUCUUAGCACACCUGCUGUUUUCCGUGUGGAUGGACCAUCUUCCACAUCGUUGUCUACCCCUCUUCAUAACAUUGUUAAGCAAUCGUGGUUCAUCGCUCUCAUUGGAAGUCUUAUGUUUCUGACCAUCGCCAUAUUUGUGCUCUUUCUCAUCAGAAAAAGGAGAAUAGAGUUGAAAAAGGCAAUGACUGCAAUUCCUGUACAUAAGCCAGACGAUUUAAGCAACUGCUUCAACUCACUAACGACACGCAAUGGCCUGAGUCCCCACGAAGCCCUUUGGAUUAACCACAGCGCCUGGCGGCCAUCAGACCAAUCCAAAGAUGUCCUUUGUGAAACUAAGCUACUUAACAAGGUGGACUGUGGUUCCAAUGACCUUAACUAUUCAAGUGUCUAUGCACCCCUAAACUGCGGCAUGAAUGCAUCGGACUAUGCAGAGGUAGACACUCACAAUAUGACUACUUUCUACAAGAAGGAUCUGCCUUCUAUUCCUGAACCAUACGCUACUACGACGCUCGUCAAUGCUGCUGUGCAGAAGAGCUACAAUGGCUCGGUGAAGGAUGGGAGAAGCAGUAGUUCUGCUGAAGAAGGAAGUCGAAAAUCUGACAAGACGUAUGAAAUGGAGCGCAGGAGAUCCAAUGAAGGUGUGUCUUUUACAGAUGGGUUGACAGACCAUCUCUUGGAAUCCGACAAGUUAACUAGUCCAACAAGUGAUUCAGGAAGCUACACAACAGACGAGUAUGGAAUGCCGGUGAAGAAAGGUCGACAGAAGUUUUCUAGGGGCAGUGCUGGUAAAGGUCCUCUGAUGAAUUGGUCUGAUCUGAUCCCACCUCCACCAGAUCAGCCACCAAGUGAGGCAGAAUCUACCCCUGGUUCUGUGAGGGGGAUAAACUCUCAGCACAGACAGCAAAAGCAAAAGGUCGCUAUGGGUCCUUCACAGACUGCGAACCUCCGUGGACCCCCAAGUCAGCCGAUGUCAAUUACAGGAGCAUCUCCACGGACGUCACUUAAUCGCUCAACCCCCAACGGUGGCACAGUGCCAUACUCAUAUGCAAAUCGGGGAAGCCAACCCCGCCCUCAAAUGCGACCUCAACUCCCUACCCCUCAAGGUGUACAGGAUCAACCCCACAUGGACAGAGGGGUACAAUCAUCUCUGCCGUCUCUUAUUAAUGAGCCACGCAAUGUGCCACCUAAUCUAGCUGUCUUGGAAUCUAGGAUGGCACCACAGCAUGGUCACAUAUACCAUCCAGCGGACGUAGAGUCAGAUAUAGAUGACCCCUUGAGGCCUCGAUCUCCAGAGUCCAUCCCCAGUGUUGCUGGUGAAACAGACUAUGCACCUAGCCAUGCACCUUCUUGGGCAAGCACCACUGAACAGAGCAACAGCUCGUGCACGAGUGGGCGGUCCAGUGGGGCCAGUUCCUACGAUGACUCUGUCUACAAUGAGGUAGACUUUGCUAGUGCCGUCGCCCGGGCUGCUCAAAAUGUGGGCUUUCAGGUCAAUGGCUCUGUCGUGUCUGGUCCUCCAGGCAUGGUGAAUCGCAGUGACCAGGGCACAAAGAGGGACAACGUGCCUCAAUGGCUCAUGCCUACUGUCAAUCAGCACAGUGACGACCGCCAGCUUGUAGACAGCCAAAGGUCACAUUGCAGAAUACCAGGGUUAUGUCCGCCAGGGGAUCAGCCACAGAACCAGGUACAGUCGCUGUUUGAUAGGGGUCAGCAGCAGAUAUGUGCGAAUGCCCCGUCAUCUAUGCAAAAAAAAGACAGUACAGUGUCAUCGUACAACAAGCCUAGCUUCCCUGUGUAUCAAGCACCCUCCAAUCAGAGCUGUGCGUCCAGUGGCGCGGGUCGCCGGUGGAGGGGUUCCGAAGAGCAGGCUCAACCGAGGCACACAAAUAGCAUGCCUUCCUCACAUGCAAACAAAGAACAGCCCACAUCUAGACUUAGGCAUGAUCUCUCACACGUGUACCAUGGUUCAACAUGAGAAGACCAAGUAAGCCUUUCACCUCCUGUAGAAAAAUGAAGCCUGGAAAGCCCAGGUGGAACCCGCCGUGCCCUGAACCACUUCGUUGUGUAUAUGCAAGCAUUGAUGGAGGCGGAACAGAGUGUAGUUAGUGUGCAGCCAUUGUUCAAGCAAGUUCCUCGCAGGAUUUUCAUCACUGCACUUCGUGUAUACCAGCAGGGAAGCCUGCAGAAAGAAAUGGACUGCCAUGCAUACAUAAAGAAUCUAUAUGCAAACCAUCAACUGGACGACAGACAACGUGUGCCAAAUAGAGAAGAAAAAAAAACAUCAUGCAAUAAUCGCCGACGCUAACGGAGUCAGUCGUCGCCCAAUGCAGUUUGGUGUGUGUGAGUGUUUGUACAAUUCCGUUUGUACAUUUCAUUUGAGCAAACAUUCACGAACUUGAGCAACUACUCGAGCAUCAUCGUCCAGUACCCUGCAAGGCUGACGGUGGAUCUCCGUGCAUAUCAUCGAUUAGGGCUGUGCGUUUUGUGUCAACAACACUGUAAGAUAUUCUGCUCUGCACAGCGCAUUAGCAGCCACUGGUCAGUGUGUGUAUAGCAUAUAGGGUGUCGCUGCACAAUGAGACGGCCCAGUGCGCAAUUCUAAUUUAUUGUUGAGACCUCAUUUAAUGCUGAAUACCCAUAGGGAAAAAUGAAGGUGUGUACAGAGAGAUACAAAUGCUAAAACUGAAAAUUAAAGUCAUUAUUGUCAGCA